CACUUCGUGACGUAUAAACCGUAGGGUCGUUCAGUACCACAUUAGCGAGCUUUGUUAGUCGGAGAAUAUGCAUUACAGAACCAGAUAGUCGUUAUUCAAGUGUACUUACCUUAAACCUGUCUGUGUCGCUAUUUACACACCUACAGGCUGGACGAAAAUGACCGACUUGACAGAUUCCCUGACCAAAGAGGGCUGGUACCUCACUGAUGAAGGCAUAGCAGAACUCAAGGGAUCUGCUGAGAAAAUAACACACAGUGACAUUAUUCGUAUUGCACUUGAUAGUGAUCUGAGGCCUAUUGGGAGAAAAUUUCUGCCAUCUGAUAUCAAUAGUGGAAGAACUGAGAAGUUGGAGGGGCCAUGUGUUCUCCAGGUGCAGAAGGUGCGAAACAUCUCAGCUCCUAAAGACCACGAGGAGUCCCAGGGUGCGCCGCGAAUGCUGCGCCUGCAAAUGACAGAUGGCCAUACCACCUGUGUUGGAUUGGAGUAUAAACAUCUGUCUAAAAUCAGUCUUAAUACCCCCCCUGGAACAAAGGUAAAGCUCCUUGGUACAGUCCAGGUUAAAAAUGGUCUUUUGCUGCUUGAUGACUCAAAAAUCUCUGUCCUUGGAGGAGAGGUUGAACACAUGGUGGAGAAAUGGGAACUACAAAGGAGUCUGGCCAAACACAGCAGGAGUAACAUUGGAGCAGAAGGUGGACCUCCUCCUUUUGUGCCAUUUGGUCAGAAGUGUUCACGGAAAGAUGAAGUCGACAGCAGAGAACUAGACCAGAGGAAGACCCUCCAGACUCAUGUUGUGACCAAAAGCAUUGAUGAGAAUGAUGAGUUUGAAAAGCAGCGGACAGCAGCUAUUGCUGAGGUGGCCAAGACCAAAGAGGGCCCCCGCACAUUUGGUGGUGGAGGAAAUGCAGGCAGUAAUUUAUCCAAUUCUGCUUCCUCCUCCCGGAGCCGAGAUUCAUACCAGCAGAGGCGACGAGACGACAGGGCAGACAGAACAGAAAGCAGACAAGAUGGAAACUACAGAGAGCUGGUGGAUGAACGUGCUCUGAGAGACAUCAUGGAAAUGGGCUUUAACAGGGAGGCCGCUCGACAGGCUCUGAUGGAUAAUAAUAACAACCUUGAAGUGGCACUAAACAGCCUACUGACUGGCUCCUCUGGUAGCAGACCUGGCCCGGUGGUAGCUGAAUCUAACAAGCUGCAACCCAGAGCCCGAGGAAGGGGAAGAGGCAGGUCCAGAAAUGAAGAUGAGGAGGAGGGAGCAGGGGGAAGGCCAUCUGGACCAAGCACUCUGUUUGACUUUCUGGAAUCUAAAAUGGGAGUUUUCUCAAUUGAUGAGCCAAAGGGCCAGGCACCACAGAGACAGCAUGAGAACAAAACUAAUUUCUCCAACUCGGACUAUUACACCAAAGACACAUCUCAAACCAAGUUCUCCUCGCAUAAUGACCACAGGCAACAGAGGAAUGACAGGCCACCUCGCUUUCACAGGGACACAGAUUUUCCUAAACCUGGCCAGGAGCCACUUCCAAACUCUGCAACCUCUCAAACAUCAGCUCCCGCCCAGCAGUGGAAGGGCCAGGAGAGAUGGUCACGAGGCACAUCAGACAGAUUUCAAAAUGACAGGAGAGACAUGCGAGACGAACAUAGUUUUCCUUCUUCCUUCAUGACGACUUUGAGUCAUUCAAAAGAACCUCAGCAGCAGAUGGAGUUUAGUGGAUCUUACCAGCAACGAUCCAGAAACGGAGAUGGCAGUGGGAAUAUGUCUGGACCGUCUCACAGGAGAGGGGUAAAAGAUAACAUACCCACUUCUAAACUCGUUAAUUCCGCAGGAAAUGAAGUAGAUGGAAGAGGAAAUAACAGACGUACAGACAGAAAUGAAGAACCCAACAACAGUAGGAGGAGGGGGAAGAAUGACCGGCCAAACUCGGAUCACUUUGACCGACAAAGGGAGAACGGGCCACCAAACUUUAACUUGAGGGGAGGAAGCUCAGGGACUUCCCAAGACGUGGGAUUACCACAGAGUUCUCGAAUAAUGACUGGAGAUCCUUCUCAUUUCCAGAAUGGAGAUAUGGAAAAUAAAAGAACUGGGCCAAUCAAGCCAACAAACUCAUCCUGUCCGCCCCACAGGGAGCCGCUCCCCAAGAAAAACACUUCUAAUAACCCAGGACCUAAGAGAAGGCCGGGACAAGGCAAAGGCCAAGGUCCUCGAGGACCGGAGAAAAGUCAUCUCGUUGAACAUGUUUGGAAACCUGGAGACCAGUGCCUGGCACUGUACUGGGAAGACAGCAAGUUCUACCAUGCCAGAAUAGAUGCUGUGCAUCCAUCUGGCUCCACGGCUGUGGUUGUAUUCAGUGAUUAUGGAAACUGUGAAGAGGUCCUCCUGCAUAAUAUCAAACCUGUUGCUGCUGAUGUCUUGGAGGAAGAUGACGGUUACUAUGACAGUUCGCUAGAGUUUCGCCGCGGGGGAGAUGGACAGCCUCGACGCACAAGACCCACACAGCAGUACUACCAGCCACCCAGGGCACGAGACUGAUGUGUCUGUGUUUACACUGGCAGCGUGCUUGUCCCCCCAUCCUUCCACUUUCUGCAACAAUCCAGAGUGCUUCCUGACUCUCUAAGUGUCCACAUCGUCGGGACAUCCAGAACUUUUCAAAGGGCUUGCACAUCAUGCAAAAAUAAAAGAAAAACUGACAUGA